AUGGACCCCAAUGAAAACCUUGAUAAGGGAAGUUCCUAUAACUUGGGUGAACAAUUUGAUGAGAACUUUGGUGAUCCAAACACAGAUCUCAGUGGAAAUCUUGAUGGGGGAAGUUCCGGUGAAAAUUUUAAUGAAAACUUUAGAGAUCCAGACAUAGAUCCCGGUGAAAAUCUUGAUGUGGGGAAUUCAAAUGAAGACAAAGUUACUUCUGGUACUGUUACAAGUUCCCAGAAUAUUCAAGGGAAAAGAAAGAGAAUGGCA